AUGGCCCAAAACCCACAGCGCCACGGAGCUCGUCCGCCGCCGACAAACCAAGGUCGCGCUUUUGUUCAGCAUCCGCUGGAGGCGCCGAACCUUGAAAUCGCCAGCCGAAUUGGACUGCUUGACGACGCGAAGCCAGUCAUGUUCCGCAAGGCCAGACAAGUGUUCUUUCGGGACCAAGCCUUCACCGACGGUAACAUCCAAGAGCACAUCCUACCCCAGCGUUCCGCGAACAGUUACCAGUUUCAGUUGGUCCGCCGACAAAUGCAAGACCUCCAGAGGAGCCUCCAGGCCAAGAUGUGGGCCUCUCCGGAGGUCAUAGCCAGCUACUUCUCCGUGGGCAACGAUUACAAUCAUCAUAUCAUGCUCAACGGAGCGCCGGAGGACCGUCCGUUCGCAGAACUCACUGCGGUAGAGCGAGGCCCUCAUUUUGCGGCCGCGUUCAACGAAGCUUUGCUCGCAAAGAUCACGGCCCCACUCCAACAGGCUGUCGACAUCCGCAGGGUAUUCGAACAGGACAACGGCGUCUGGUUCGAUAUCUAUCAAGAACUCUACAUCUCUGCAGCGGAGACAGCCUGGGCGACGGCAAAAUGGGAUAUCUUGUACGAAGGUUACUACCCCCCGUUCAACAGGAGUCUCCUCUACGCAAACGUCCGUGAUGGUAUGCAGCGCUUCCAGGACCGACCCGUGCAGGGUACCAUCCCGGUGCUUCAAUCGGUGUUCGGUACCGUGGUAAACCGAGUUGCGCCGACGUUCAACCCUGCGAUCGUGCGGCCGAGGAACGAAGCAGCUUGGAGGGCACCGUGGUAG